AUGUCUGGCCGUGCGACCUCGUAUCUGUUUGGGCAAGGCCCACCCCCGGGGCAGUAUGGAAUCCCAUACAACCCGAAUGUAAAGUCAUCAUGGGAGGAAAUAUCUCUAGCACACAUCAAGGAGACAUUCCGCAGUCUACAGAUAGAGGAGAUGUACCAAUGUUACUGCGCGAUGAUGAAGAGGACUCUCGUUGUCGCACUCCUUACAUUAACCAUCUGUGUCUGUAUCUGCGCCAUCACGUACCACGUUGUUGUUUGUGAGACAUUCACAGACCCUACCACCCAGGUUCACAUAGCCACGCUCGGCUGUGGCGUCGUGGCAAUGCUGGCAAUCAUGUUGGUGGUAGUCACGGAGAAACUCUACCUCAAGUGUUCGUCGGUCAUCUCGGUCAUCACCUGGCUACUCCUCCUAGCGGUCAUUAACGUCUACUACAACGUCCCUGGCGAUCAUCGUGAACCCUCAGACGACAUUGCUGUGGUAUUUUACACCACUCUUGUGUGCCAUAUGAUGCUACCACUUUCUAAACGCUGGUCCCUGUGUCUGGGUAUCCUUACUACACUGUUAGAGACCACCACUGUAGGCUUCCUCACUAAAGAGAAAGACUUCCUAUUUCUUCAGAUCGCCUGCAAUCUUGUGAUUCUGUUGUGUGGUAACAUGGUUGGGCUCUACCACAAGUACCUAACCGACAUCACUCACAGGAACACCUUCCUGGAGGCACGCAAUUCGAUCCAAUCCAUGGUCAAGUUAGAACGUGAGAAACAUCAACAGGAGGAACUACUGAACAGUUGUAUGCCCCCUGACCUUGUUGAGAAGAUGAAGGAAGGCAUUACCAAAACAGUCCUCAGUAAACGACCCAAGCCCUCGCCAUUUCACGACUUGUAUGUACAGCAAUACACCAAUAUCAGUAUCCUGUAUGCUGAUAUAGUAAACUUCACACCUCUAGCUGCAGAAUGCACAGCCUCAGAAUUAGUGAAGAUGUUAAAUGAAUUGUUUGGGAGAUUUGACCAGUUAGCAGAGAAGAACCAGUGUAUGCGGAUAAAGAUCCUGGGAGAUUGUUACUACUGUGUAUGUGGCCUACCUAUACCAGACCCAAACCAUGCUAUUAACUGUGUUAACAUGGGUCUAAAGAUGAUCGAGGCCAUACGGGAAGUGCGAGAGGCCACGGGGGUCAACGUGGAUAUGAGGAUUGGCAUUCACAGUGGCAUGGUGCUGAGUGGGGUGCUUGGUUUGUCAAAAUGGCAAUAUGACGUUUGGUCUGAUGACGUCACCCUGGCCAAUCACAUGGAGUCUGGAGGCUUGCCUGGAAAGGUCCAUAUCACAAAGAACACUCUUCAGUUUCUUGCUGGAGAAUUUAAGGUUGAACCAGGAAAUGGAGCCCGUAGAAAUUCUUACCUUUCCUACCAUAACGUGGAAACUUUCUUCAUUGUUCCGAAAACUAGAGAGUUUGACGAGGGAAGAAAAAUACGUUCAAGGUAUGAGAGUUCCUUACGUGCCUCUCUACGGGUGACAAAAUAUCUGGAGGGCUGGAACGUGGACAAACCAUUCGCCAACUUACGUGUCAGCACCAUGGCAACCAAACUCCUCAGUGUUACACUCAUUCCUAGCCUGGCAUUUCUCGACUCUAAUUUGGUGCUGAAUUCCAUUGUCGACGACCAAAGUGUGGUCGCAAUGAGCCAGCAAUUUCAAGGAGAGGUCAAUGCAGAGUUAGCAAGAAAGUCCAAGGAUCUAGGGAAGAAAAGUUCAUGGACAUCUGGGGGAGACUUUAACUGGCUACUGCUGACCUUUAAGAACGGGAUGGAAAACGAGUACUCCAGAAGACCGAAUCCCUCCUUCAGGAUCGGGGUGUUGUGUAUCGCCGGUAUCUUUGUAGCUGUACAGGUUAUACAGGCCAUCUUGUCAUUGGGGAUCCUGCGUACUUCCUGGUAUGGCUGUGCUAGUGUUGGCUUAGCAUUCUUUUUAUCUGUGAUAUUCAUCUGCUUUAUUGGAGACUACCUGAUCUCGGAAGAUAAAGGCGUGAUUAUUGGAAUUCUUGCCCACUUAUCAGGCCAGACAAAGGGAAGUGCACUAGUACGGGUCAUGCUGGCCGCUCUGUGUGUGGCUGUAGUCUGUCUUUCUACCAUCAUCGGCGUGGUGGACUAUAAGAGCUGUGAUAACUGUGUACCCUUAGACAAUAACAGUCUAGCCAAUACCACAGAGGAAGUGACGUUUUAUGGGGCACCUGUGUAUUGGACACACAUCAGCCUCCUUGGUCUUGCGUCAACUUGCGUCUUCCUGCAGAUUGGCUACCUCAUAAAAAUGGCUAUCAUGCUUGUUAUCAUGGUGACAUACAAUUUGGUGUUUCAUCUACUGCCAGUGUUUAGAGCAGAUCUCCAUAUGCAAUCCAGCAGUGUGCCUCCCCUAGAUAUGACCAUCACAGCCUCUCUCCUGCUGGCUAUCCUUUAUUUGACCUUGUUCUUUCUAGAUAGGCAGGUAGAAUAUACUAACAGAUUAGAUUUCCUCUGGAGACGACAGUUUAAUGAGGACACUGAAAAUGUGAAGGUUACAGCAGAGGUGAACAAGCAAUUACUACAGAACAUACUGCCUCAGCAUGUAGCCGAUUACUUCAUCAGGGGCAAUCGGAAGGACGAUGACAUGUACAGUGAGACGUAUGGGUGUGUUUCUGUCAUGUUUGCAUCCAUACCAAAUUUCCAGGAUUUUUACCAACAAAGUGCUGCCAAUCGCAAUGGUCUUGAGUGUAUCCGCGUUCUCAACGAGAUAAUUGCGGAAUUCGACCAGUUGCUGUCCAUGUCAGAAUUUUCCACUGUUGAGAAGAUAAAAACGAUAGGGAGUACAUAUAUGGCAGCCACGGGUCUACAACCAGGGCGGGAGAACAUCAUGGAUCCUACGGAGAGGCGAAACAACAUAGUUACCAUGACAACAUUUGCUUUAAGCAUGAUGAAGAAACUGGACGAAAUCAACACUCACACACUAAACCAAUUUAAACUCAGGAUAGGCGUGAACCACGGAGCAGUGAUAGCGGGUGUAAUAGGUGCCAGGAAACCUCAGUAUGACAUUUGGGGUGACACAGUUAAUGUCGCCAGUCGUAUGGACAGCUCAGGAGAGAUGGGAAAAAUACAAGUACCCGAGACGACAGCUCAGUUCCUUUUUGAUAACGGAUUCAACAUUCAGAAAAAAGGUCUCACAAAAGUCAAAGGAAAAGAACCAAUGACGACUUUCUUUGUGUUACCAAAGGUUGACUCACCAGACUCGGUGACACCUCUAUGA